ACUCAACAGCCUUAGCUUCUACAUACCUAGCUAUAUUGUUGCUUUUUCACUGAUCACCUACAUAUAUACGUACAUUUGGUGUCAAAGAAGAAAUCACAAAUUCUCUUAGCCAGUAAGGAAGAGAAAAAUGCAGGGUGGGAAUGAUAAGGUCCAUGUUGAACCAAUAGUGAGCAAAGAAUAUUGUUGUGAAUCAUCACAGACAAUACUAACAAUAAGAAGAAGACCUCAUGUAGUGAGUGGAGGAGGUUUUGUUGUUACAAAUUGCAGUCUUCAAGUUUUGUUUAGGGUUGAAGGUUGUGGAAUCCUUGGUACUGAUAAAGAGUUGGUUCUUAAAGAUGGAGAUGGAGAUUGUUUGCUUCUUAUUCGUGAAAAGGGAGGUAUUGUCCAAGCAUUGAGUGUUCAUAAGCAAUGGAGAGGGUAUGCGAGAAACUAUGAAGGAGUUCAAAGAUUGGUGUUUACCUUAAAAGUUCCAAAAUCAUGGCUUAUGAAGAAUGUAAUCAGUGCUUAUGUCGAACCACGAAAGUUUCAUAACAAAGAAUGGGAUUUUCAGAUCGUAGGUUCUUUCCCUGAUAAAGCUUGUAGUAUCAUUGACGCUAACGGGAACAUUAUCGCAAAGGUUGGAGUGACGAAGGAGGAAGGUGAAGAGAUAAGCAAUAUGGAUGUGUAUCAUGUGGUGAUACAAAAGGGGGUUGAUCAAGCAUUUGUAGUUGGAGUCAUUGCCGUGCUUGACAACAUAUAUGGAGAAUCUACAAGAUGUUGAUACCGCCUCUUAUCCAUAAAAAAGAACCCGCAUGACGGGGUGAUUUGUAUAUUGUAAACUUUUUUGCUUGCAAUGUUUUUUUUUUGUUUAGGAGUUUUGAUUGCCACAGAAAUUGUACAUUUUAUUUUCUUGUAAUUAGUCAUUUUGUAUUGACUUAUC